AUGAAACGUUUAUAUGCCCUCUAUGAAAGAGCGUUUGUGAUGCUAUCUGUUUCACUAUUUAUCUUCACGGUAACGGUACAUGAGGGAAGCGCUUUUCGAAACAGGAAGACCGCGCACUUAAAGACAAUCACUUUAAAACGAAGAACUGACAAGUGGGCAGGAGCCCCACAUAGAGAUGGUGACCCGCUAGUCAAAAGUGCCAUAGACAAUAAAAAUGUCAAAUCCAUGAAAGAUAUUAAUGGGUAUUUCAUUACGACAGUUUCAAAUCACAGAAGGAAUACAAUCGCUUCCUUUCACACUGUUGAAACAAGACCAAGAAAAUACAGAGAUUCUACUUGGAAAAGAACAUACAUACCAUCUGUAAGAAAGCCGUAUUGGGGAAAUUUCCUAGGACUGCAUCCUUGGUACGACCCUAACUUAUAUAAAAAACAGAUAUCGAACAAUGAACCGGAGGUAGACGAUGAGCCUUUCAUUGUUUUACCACCUGAUAGCACAAUAAACAGUAAAGAUGAGGCGUUUAAACUGGACGAGGAAGCUGCUACUGCGGCACCAACCGCCAAGACGACACCUACCACGACACCCACGACGCCUACGACACCAACAACGCCUACAACACCCUCGACAAUACCCACAACACCACUAACAACUCCAACUACCUUACCUACCAUAACAACCCCAUUGAUAACAACCCCACCAACCACGCUACCAACCACUCUACCGGCUCCACCACCUACCCCACCCCCACCACGGCCACAAAUCAUAGACAUCCAGUCUGAAAACCCUUUACUUAAAAGAGGGACACCACCCGUUCCUGCCAACAUUAAUCUAAACUUGGAGAUUGGAGAAAACGGUGAAACUGCUGAGGCUGAACAGCAUGAAAGUGUUCCAAUAUCACCGACACCACGCGUGAUUUACCCUCCAACCUUGCCUUCCCCUGAAGAAUCUACUUCACAGCCAACUCCUCAAAUAAUCUUUGCGCAAAUGCCAGCCGCUACGGAACCGUCAUCAGACGGUCAGCAACCUCAAAUAGUUAUGGCACAGCCUGUUCAAGCACAAUCUCAACCUCAGUAUGCCUUUGCACCCUCUCCUUCGCCGUCACCUCCGCCACAGCCACAAUAUAUUAUUGCACCUCAACCGCCAGCUCCAGCUCCACCACCGCAAUACGUCAUUGCAUCUCCCCCACAACCUCAACCAGCUCCAGUCCCAGCUCCCCUAAUGAUUGCUGCACCAUCGCCAGCUCCUGUAAUGUAUCAGCAACCAAUGAUACAGUCACCUCCAGCCCCUAGCUACGCCUCUGCAAUGUACUUGGCUGAAGCUUCACCACCUCGAACUGUUAUUGCUGCACCCUCCUCACAAAAUUUUGCUGCUCCACCUGGACAAGUGACUAUAGCCGCAUCACCGCCGGCAGCAUUAACGGUGUCCUCGUCAGCACCUGCAGCUCCAGUUGGAGGACUAAACAACAUCUUUAUGUCUAACCCUGGUAUGGGACUAUCUUCUUUAAGUCCAAUUUCUUCCCUCCUCUAUGGCAACAGGCUUAUGCCACAGGGAGGGCCUUUGUACCCACUAGGCAUGAGCACUUUCCAGUCCCCAUUAAUGCAGUCAAUAGGUUCACCGUUGCCUUCUUACGCCUCAUCACUGGGCCAACAAUUACAAUAUCCCUCUUCACUCUUGUUACCUUCCCCUCUUGCGUUACCCGGUAUCCAACAGUUCCCUAAUGUCAUUUCCUCUAUUGGCCAAACAGGGUAUGAUCCCCUUCUGUAUAGUGGCAUAACCGGGAUGUUUGCUAAUGCCAUUCGCUCUUCCAUGACCCAGUCUCAACCGAAUGCUCUUGCAUCUGCCCUGGCUCUCGCUGCAACUCAAGCUCAGGCACGCAACCAGCCGCCAGACCUUUUAACAGCUGCCCUUGUACAAGCCUUAGCACAAAACAUGCAGCAAGGUAUUCAACCAAUCAGUAAUGAUAAGUUGGUGCAAGCGUUAUCGCAGGCACUGUCACAGGCCCAACCUAAUACGAGACCGGUCCCUAACCCUGCUCCUGCUCCUGCUCCUGCUCCUGCUCCUGCUCCUGCAGUUCCCCCAUCUUCGUCACCACCGCCACCAAAUUUACGGCAGCCUCCUGUUCCUCCAGUGCCGCCAUACCAAGUGGUUCCCACUGUCACAAGACAAGACGCACCCCCUCGGCCUUCAAGGUCCCGCAGUAGUAAAAAUGAGUAUUCUGUAAAUACGGUCGGAAAGGCUCUUGCUAGCGCACUGCUUAAGGCGGCAAGAAAAGUUGCCAGACAAAACCAAAGAAUAGCGGUAAGAAGACACAAAGGGUCUCGUCACAGACAUCACAGAGCAGAUAGGGAUGGUCAGUAUGACGAUAGCGACCAUAAUACUGUUCGGUCAUUUGUCCCCCUUUUAUAUGCACACUCUCCUGACUAUAGGUACCAAAAACUACAUCGCGUGAUCAAUCAAUGGGAGGGAGAGGACAUAAAAAAAUAUCUUGUCGUGUUUCGCACAUUUUGGAAGCGUGUUGCCCACCCCUGUUACUCAAGAAGCCGGUUUAUUUGCCAGAGAUGUCCUGACUAGCUGAUAGUUUCAACAGCCUGUAAAAUAAGUAAAAUAUCUUUUAUAAUUAUAAAUUUGAAGAGAUUCUUUUGUAUAAAUUCUUAGGUGAGCUGUUUCUUAGUUUGCCAUCUUGCAAUGCUAAAACGAGAGGUUCAGUGCUUUCAUUGUACAUAUACCUGAGUUGUUGCUUAAACUGAGGACUCGCAUCUACGUUCAACAUGCAUGUUAAAUAUACAGAUGAUGCAGUCCUUAGAGGAGACCCACUUCAUCAUCAUUUGGUGUCACUAGCGGUUGGAACAAAAAACAGAGGAAAACAUAAAGCUGGACAUACUCGCAGUCGCAGUUCUAACGUUUUGUAAGUAAAAAAAACGUUAAAAAAAUCGUUUUUGGUGACAUACCGACCAGUAAGUGUGUCUCGGAGAAACUGAUAAGUAAUUAAGCAAGUGUUUGGGUGUGAACUUUCCUCAACACUUUUCCUCGAACGAUUCCAUUUCAGCAUGAUUUUAGGGUGGGUGUAAUUUAAUAUUUUUGUCUGUGCAACUGUAGUUGAGCGUGUA